CUAUGGGUAUUACCAAGCCAUUGCAGAACCGGAUUUGGGGGGGGAGCUUGGCUUUGCAUUGCGCAUGCGGUUAUAGCGGAGGGACGUUUAAACGGUAGCGUGGAGUUCGUUUAAAACUGUUCGGUUAGAAUGGACGUUAGCAACGGCCGGCCUGUUUUAGCAGGUGUUGUAGCAUAUGUUGAAGUAUGGUCAUCCAGCAGAACGGAAAACUACUCAAAAGCCUUUACUCAACAGCUCCUUGAUAUGGGAGCAAAAAUUUCUAAGACUUUGAAUAAACAAGUUACUCAUGUGAUCUUUAAAGAUGGAUUCCUGUCUACGUGGAAUAGAGCUCAAAAAGCUGGAAUUAAACUAGUGUCAGUACUUUGGGUAGAAAAAUGCAGAGAAGUUGGAAUGCAUAUUGAUGAGUCAUUAUAUCCUGCAAUAAAUACUAAUGAAGGGUUACCUCAGUUUAUUAAAAAGCACAAAUGCAUGCAGCCCAAAGAUUUAUUUGGGAAAACUCCAGAGACAGAUCGUAGAUUACAAAAAAGAAUGGAAACUAUGGUUAAAGAAUUAGAAAUGCAAAGAGCAGCAACAGAAACAGACAUACCUGUUUUAUUAUUUGAAGAUGAUGGUUCACUGGUAUACAGCCCGGCAAGUAAAAUAAAGUAUCAGCGCAGUGUAAUGGAGAGAAGAAUAAAGGACAUGAAGGAGAAAAGAGAAAAUGUUUCCCCUACUGCUUCACAGUUAUCUCAGAUGUCUGACAUUGACCCUGCUGUUGUGUCUGCAACCUCAACUUCAGCAUUGACUUCAGAUCUUGAGAGUAAUCACCUUUUAAAUUCAAGUUUUGCCAAUUUGGUUGGAAGUCCCGAAACCAAGAACCUUGGAAAGAAAUCAAGCAACUGUUUAGCUAGUACUGAAACUGUGAUGGAUGUUUCCAGAGCUGAAUUAUAUACCUCUUCUGGUUCCCCAAGUGACUCGCAAUACAAAGGCCUAAAGCAAUUGAGUGGUAAAGAUUUAUACACUAAUUCAAUCCUACCUAACAAAGGAUGUGAUUUCGUUGUCAAAAAGUCACUAAUUGAUAUGUCUACUACUCCAGAAUGCAGAGAUGGUAUUGACUGGUUUUUAGGCAUUGCUGAUAAUCCCCUUCCUCAAGUGAAAAAUGUGGACCAUACAGUUUCUGUUGAAAAUAUAGUCCAUUGUGAACUUACUGAAAAUAACAGUAGUUCUGGCAAUGACUUUCCUUCAGUUGAUCUAAUCAAUACUCCAGUAACAACUAAAGAUUCUUCUCUUUGCAAACAACGAAAAUAUAGAAGGAAAUCAAGCCUUAGACUGAAGGCAUCUAUAUCACAUGAUAAAGAACCUCAGAAUGAUUUCUUACUUGCAUUGCUUACUCCAAUUAAGUCUACUAAAGAUCAAGAUUCUUCUUUUGAAGAUUGUUUUUCAUCUAACCUUAUUAAAAAUAAAAUAAGAGCUAGCCUUACAUGUCAGCAAAAGUUACAGAAUGACAAGGAAAUUAAGUAUAAUUCUCCCAGAAGCAAACUAGAAGGUAUGUUGCAAAGUUCUAGUCCAGUAAGUACAAGUUACAACAGAAAGAGGAAAAGAGUGACUGAGAUUACUGAGGAUGCAGUAAAUGAGCCCAGGCUAUCUACAUUUCUUCAAAGGAGAAACACAGGUGUAAAUUGUACAUCAAAUACUGAAAAUGGAAACGUAGAAACUUCAGACUGUUUUUUAAAUUCCAACAUUCAGGAACAGAUCACAACCAGUUCUACAGCUGAUAAUGCCAAAUUUUCAACGAGUGAUGCUAAAAACACUGCUUGUAAAUCUUUGGGGAACCAUACGAAUGAGCCUGAUAGGAAAUUAAAGAUUACUAGGAGAAUUGAAAAGCCUUUGAGAACAUUAGUCAUGACAAGCAUGUCUCCUGAAAUGCAGAAAAUAACUCUGCAGGUGCUGAAAAAGCUGGGUGGUUUUCUGACUUCUGAUGAAGUAUGCAAAAAUACAAGUCAUGUAAUUGCAGGGAGCCCCCGUCGGACUUUAAAUAUACUUAUGGGAAUUGCUCGAGGCUGCUGGAUUGUCUGUUAUGAUUGGGUUUUGUGGUCUCUGGAACAUGGCUAUUGGAUUUCUGAAGAGCCAUUUGAAUUGUCAGUGGAUUUCCCUGCAGCUCCUAUUUCCCGCUUUCAGCACAAUAUUCUAAAACAAAACGUGUAUCAAAAACUCUUUGCCAAUCAACCUAUAAUGUUCAUAUCUCGCACAAGUCAGCCCCCCUAUCAGAAGCUCUGUGAGCUGGUACAGCUUUGUGGAGGAAAAAUAUGUAAAACUCUCCGUCAAGCUAAAAUUUGUAUUGGACAGUGCAAAGUUGGAAAGUAUGUGGAUAUGCAAUGUUUAUCAGAAAAAUGGAUUAUAGAUUCAAUCACCCAGUACAGGAUCUGCCCUCUGGAAAACUACUUGUUUCAGAACAAGGUUUAGUCUGCCUCAAGGAUCAAUUAAUGCCAUAAAAUGUGUGCUUCAUCUAAGAAAUGGAACAAUUAAUACUACUAUGUUUCAGGUUUGUGAGUGUUGAACAGGUUGAAAGCUAAAUGUAUGUAUUGUAAAAACAAAACAAGCAAACAAACAAAACAGGGUAAUAUUGAAACAGGGAAGGAACAGCAGCUCUAAAAUCUAUACACAAUCCUACCCAGAACAUGAUCUCGGCAAAAAAUACCAUGUCAACAGGUGCUGAGUAGCAGAUUUAAUAUAAAUCUGUCAGCAGAGCUAGAACUUGAGACAAUUCCAAUUCCUCCUGUGAUCCCUUAACCUGCAGAACAGAAACUAUGUCACCUGGAUAGAUAUCUGCUAAUGUAAUGUUUGAUUUCAUCCACUGUACUUAACCUAAAGAACUAUUUUAUCUCACUGGAUGUUACACUAAGCUAUUUACACUAAGUAAAUAGAUCCAUCUGAUAUAUAUUAAGUCAAAGCCAAUACUAUGAAGACAAAAUAGAUGAAGCAGACUAUUUUUUUUUAAUUAUGUA